AUGGCGUGUCUGCACAGCCCUGCGCCAGCUGUUUUCCGGGGAUUGAAAGUCAAAUCGAUGAUGACCUUGAUGACAAGAGAAUAUCCUCAUUCCUGCGCGGCGAAGAUAAGCAUCUGGCCCCCGCGAAAAUUGUGGCCUUACAAUACGACCACCGAGUUACGAGACAACUCGUGCCGCCCACUCGCAACGAAAGCGGGCAGGCGAAUUAACAGACCUAGAUGUGCGGCUCGGAAGGCUCCGGGGUUGAACGUCGAAAUCCGCAAGACCCGGAAGCAAAAGGUUAUGGCGUGGUUGUUGCCGGCGGCCAGGGCAAUCCGAUGA